AUGGACUAUUCUAUCAAACCUCAGGCGACGACGCCUCAGCUUGACACCAGUUCAUGGCCUUUGCUGUUGAAGGACUACAGCAGACUGCUCGUUAGGACAGGUCACUUUACGCCUAUUCCUUGCGGUGCCAAUCCCCUACAGCGGGACCUUGCCGACUAUGUACGGUCCGGGGUGAUCAAUUUGGACAAGCCUUCUAAUCCUUCGAGUCACGAGGUUGUCGCAUGGAUCAAAAGAAUACUUCGGGUUGAGAAAACAGGCCAUAGCGGCACUUUGGAUCCUCGCGUGACGGGCUGUUUGAUCGUAUGUAUUGAUAGGGCAACAAGGCUUGUGAAGAGUCAGCAGGGAGCUGGUAAGGAAUACGUCUGCGUAAUUAGGCUCCAUGACAGGCUACCAGGUGGGGAGGCACAAAUGAACAGAGCGUUGGAGACCUUGACUGGAUCAUUAUUCCAGCGUCCACCAUUGAUAUCUGCUGUUAAACGUCAAUUGCGUAUCCGAACAAUAUACGAGAGCAAGCUCUAUGAGUUCGACAAUGAAAGACACCUCGGCGUUUUCUGGGUCAGCUGUGAGGCUGGAUCGUACAUCAGGACACUGUGCGUUCAUUUGGGCUUGAUAUUGGGGGUAGGGGCGCAUAUGCAAGAGCUGAGAAGAGUGCGAAGUGGGGCGAUGGACGAACGUCAAGGCUCGGUGACGCUGCACGAUGUCCUCGAUGCACAAUGGAGCUUCGAUAAUACUCGGGACGAGUCAUACCUGAGAAAGGUAGUCCAGCCAUUGGAAAGUCUGCUCACCACAUACAAACGAAUCGUAGUUAAAGAUAGCGCCGUUAAUGCUGUUUGCUAUGGUGCGAAGCUAAUGAUCCCGGGUCUCCUACGUUACGAGAGCGAAAUUCACGUCCACGAAGAAGUUGUGUUGAUGACAACAAAAGGCGAAGCUAUUGCUCUCGGCAUUGCACAAAUGUCUACCGUGGAGCUCUCUAGCUGCGACCACGGGGUCGUAGCAAAGGUCAAGCGAUGUAUCAUGGAACGUGAUUUAUACCCACGAAGAUGGGGCUUAGGUGCUGUCGCUCUCGAGAAAAAGAAGAUGAAAUCGGACGGCAAACUCGAUAAAUAUGGUCGACCAAACGAGGCCACCCCUGUCAAAUGGCAAGAGGAUUAUACCGACUUCAACGCCCCCUCCAGUAUCAAUGGCUCUACCCUUGGCCCGCCUGUCACUACACGUUCAGGCUCUGAUGCUUUGGUGGUGGGGCCUCCUGCUCCUGCCGUCAGCGGCCAAGCAGCGGUUGCAGAGGCCGAGCUUGGAGAAGGCGGAGGAGGGAAGAAGAGAAAGGCAAGGGAGGAGGAAACGUCAGAAGAAAGGGCUGAGCGAAAACGAAGGAAGAGGGAACAAAAAGAGAGGCGCAUAAGCAAGCCCGAGAGUGAUACCAAAGAACAAGAUUGA